AAUUACAAAACAGCAAAGACUUGUAUAUAAGUGAGUGCCAGUGUCCCAGUGUCAUCUCGUCCUUUGACCAGAACUCAAGCUGUUUUCAGGAGAUCUAGACUGCAGUGUCUCCAGACGCCUCCUCACACACCAGGAUGUUUUCCUUCCUGUUCUUCGCUGUGCUCUGCACCAGCUGCCUGGCUGCUCCCUUGAUGAACUACUCCUACUCUCCAUCUGUUGGAGGUGGUAGUGGCACGUCCUUCGCCACAACAGGAGAAGGACGGAUCACAGGGAUCAGAGUCUAUGAGCGGAGCAGCGCUUACAUCUGUGGAAUCCAGCUGCGCUACGGUGACAUUUGGGAUGAAUUAGUUGGUGGCGGAAAUGAGCAUUUACAAGAGCUGGAACUCUUUGAUGGAGAGAGCAUUGUUCAGGUCUCAGGUAAAUACCAAACCAGCUAUAUCUAUCAGAUACGGUUUGUGACCUCCACUGGGCGCUCCCUGGUCGCUGGCCAGCCGACAUAUAACUCCUUUAACUUCUACGCAAGUCACCCGGAUGCAGAGCUCAAACUGCUGAGUGGCCGCUCCAAUAGUGCUGGGAUUACUUCACUGGGAGCUCACUGGGGAACCAUCACGCCUCAAAGCAACAGUACCGCUGUUGCAUGAAGAGCAAUUAAUAAUCCAAUAGGGAUUCAUAUUCAUUAUGGGUGAGAUCAACCCACCUUUCUAUGAGGAAAUUAUUUAGGCUAUAGUGUUACAUGUAUUAACAAUAUAUGUAUAUGGGAUUUUAAUUUUGGUGUCUUUUUAAUGGUGAGUGAAAUGUUUUUUGCCCAAAUAGUAUUUAAUGAAGUGACACGCAUACUGUUGUAUUCCAUGUAGUAUACUAUUAUAUACUAUAUUGUGAUCUAAGCGCUAUCAUCCACAAACGAAUAA